CCGUGGAAAACAAUAGGAAAGAUCUGUCAUUUGAAUUUUGAUGACAUCAGCAAUGACCUGACAAUAAAGAAAAAACUUUUUAUCCAUAACUAUUAUAUAAAAAAACAUUACGCAAUACGUGCAAUGUAUAACAUUUAUUACUAAGUUGUAAUAAAAUAAUGUAAUAGACAUUUUUAAGCUUUAUUGUAUAAACCUUUUUUCGCAAUUUAACAGACAAAGCAAUAUAUUGAUUUUUAAGAGCUGCAUCAACUAACAAAAAACAUAAGUAAAUAUGUCUGGUGGAUACGAAUAUGAAGUUGUGGGUGAAGCAUUACAAGAUUUGUUUUGCCCUAUUUGCUUGAAUUUAUUGAAGAACGCUAUGGAAUUAGAAUGUGGACAUGCGUUGUGUCAAACUUGUUUGCAAAAUCUCGAAGCAAGCAGCAAAGAAAGAGGUUUUGGUUUUGUUUGCCCAAGUUGUAAGCAAGAAAUCCAUAGUGAACGUGUAAACCCUGCUAAAACGAUCAAUAGAAUCGUUCUAGGUGUCAAAGUAAAGUGCGAACAUUUUAUGAAAGGAUGUCUUUGGAUUGGAGAACUCAGUAAUAUGCCGCACCACCUUCAAAGAGAGUGCAAUUUUCAGCUUGUAAAUUGUACAUUUGAACAAUGUAAAGAAACAAUCGAACGUCAUAUGCUAUGUGGUCAUCUAGAAGAAUGCUUGUAUCAGCCUGUAACAUGCGAGUAUUGUUCGGUUGCAUGUUUGAAAUUGGAAAUGGAGGAUCAUUACAACACCUGUGAGAAAUAUCCUGUUUUUUGUCCAAACAAUUGUUCAUUGGAAAAAAUGGAAAGAAACAUGGUGGGGGAUCAUCGUAAAAGUUGCAGUAAUGAAGUUAUUGCUUGCGAAUUUUCAUCAUUUGGGUGUCAAUUUGAGUCUUCCAGGAAAUAUCUGCUGCAACACGGUCAGGAUGCUUCUCAAUAUCACUUGUCUUUAACUCUAAAGAGCGUUAAUGAAAUGACAGUAAAAAUGAAAGACAUGGAAGAAAGUAUAAAGAUACAAAUUCUGGAAACAAACAGAACAAUUGAAUUUAUGAAAACUGAAGAAAUGACCAAAACGGCCACUACGGAAAGGAGGAUUAGUGAAAUGUCAGCUGAAAUCCAAAAAAUAAGUCUUAAAAACCUUGAAGCAGGCCGAACAAUUGAAUGUAUUCGAAAGGAAGAAAUAAGAAGAGUUGCGAAGGAAGAGAUGUGGUACACAGAUAAACUUCUAGAUCUGUUUAAGUUAGAAAUAAAUAGUGAAAAUGUGUGUGAGGAAUUAAAGCCAUCUUUUGAUGAUGUCGUAAAAGAAUUUGAUGAAAAUUUGGGGUUGAUAAACAAAGGGUUGCCAUGGUUAAGGGAUGAGUUAAAAGGAAUAGCAGCGAGAGAAGAUACUGCAAAUAGAGAGAGGUUUUCAAAUCAAUUUAGGAAAAAAUUAAAAAAAUGCAUGUUGGUUUUGAAGAAAGAUGUGUUUGUUUUUGAGAUAAAUGAAGAAAAACUGUUUAAUCAAGUACUUAGAAAAAUAUUUGAAGAAGGUCAGGAAAGACAUAUUGAAUCAAUUUUGAAAUGCGAUAAAAGAUUUCAUUCUUUGCUUAACACAAUGGAAAUAAACACAAAGUAUUCAUGUGGGAAAGAACACUUUUACAAACUUAACCUCUUUAAAAGAUUUCCGCUAUCCGGUGCAGUUUUAGUCGAUAAUGAAGAUGUAUCUAUAUCAUUUUGCCCACCUGGCUUCCUUUAUUGGAAGAAAAUUAAUCCUGCUGUGAAGUCUUUCAUUAUUUACAAUUCGAAAAUGGAAGAGAAAAUUUACGACAUUGAUGCUACACAGGAAAGAGUAGAUGUUUCAAAGUUGAUGAAUCAAAUUACGUUUGGUUUUUAUGUCGGUGGAGCAAGCAGACUCGCAUUUCUCGCAUACUACUAAUGUUUUGUCCUAAAAUUCAAAAUGCUACAUAAAGCUGUUGGCUGACUGAAAAACGGAAAACUUUGGUUUGUUGAACUGUAAUGUUAUUAAUUUUACAUUACUAUUGUUUCUCUUUAUAUGUGUUUUACUAAGCAUAAAUAGCUAGCUUUAGUUUUAGCUAAGUCUUCCCAGUUUAAGUAUAUUUGACUGGGUGUCUUAGCUACUGUUAGCUAGCUAAUGUUAACCUCCAAGUCCAGCUCCCCAUCCCAUGCUAGCUUUAACCUAUGACUUCUGUUGUUUUCCUCUUUUUUAAUAAUCUAACUACUAUAGUUUCCAAAUUUCCCUUCUUUUACAAGCACGAAUUACGAUGUAACAAGCUAGCUAGCUACCUACAAAAUCGUUCGAAGACUUGAACUUUUGCAGGAUAGUAGGAUGUAUUUUUAUGCCCAUAGGUUAUAGAUGAAUUCUGUUGUUUACAUUUUCAGUGGUAAGCUCUUUCGGCUUUGGCAUUUGCAUGGCAGGGAAAAAGAUUGGGGUGCUAGGUGAAGCAAAGUAAUUAUCAGUUCAUUUCUUUAAACAAGGCAUUCUUAAUGAAUUCAAAUAAAUCAGAAGGCAUCAACCUACACUCGAUAAUAGUUCAUAACCCCAACGAUGUCCCCGUUAGAAGAAAUUCACAGUAAAAGACCUUUCUUCACCAAAUCCUUUUUUCCUGCCACGCAAAAGCCAGAGCCAAGGAGCUUACCGCUAAAAAGUAAACAAAUGACGUCACGCUGAAAUUCAUUUAUAAUUUUUUUUUUACAUUGCCUGUGCACUUUAUAAGGGGGACCACGUGCAAUAUGACAAGUGGAACGAAUUUUAUAGAAUUUAAAGUGUGUGUGUUAAGUUAUUUAUUAUUGUUUUGUUUCUGAUUUUGUAAUCUAAUGGGCGAUGACUGUAUGCCCGGAAAUGACUGAUUUUUCUAAAUUUGAUGUGUUUCACAACCUUUUUGUGGAAGAUUGAUGGGUAAUGGUAAUGUACGACAUGCUGAAUGAAAUUAUUUUUGUUGAUUUAGAUGUGUUUCUCAAAAACCGAUCUGUUUUACAUUUUGUGUAAACUUUUGUUUACGAACCGUUUACAAUGUUUCCAAAAUAAUGAUCUUUGUUGAUUCAAGUUUAUUCUUUACUCAUUGAUUUUUCACAUUUAGGUUUAAAAUUGUUGGAAAAAGAGCAAUACGGAACUAAAAAGGAAAAUUUUUGUGUUCUUAACUGGUUGAUUUUUACAUUUUGUGUAAAUUUUUGUGGGAGAGGAUGGUAUCCAACCGCAAUGAGUGAUUUUUCUAGAUUUAAAUUUGAUGUUUUUGAAACUAUAUGGCGUUUUCAUAUUUUUGUAAAUCUUUUAAGGGAAGACAAUAUUUAAAAUGUGUAAAGAACUUAUAUUUGUUGAUUUGUGCUAACUCUUGCAGGCCUCCUUUUUGACACUUCAGAAUAAAAUACUGAGGGUUUUCAACAUAACCACUUAUAAGAUGUACAUAUUUUAGAUGCGUUAUUUCUGACAUUGUUAUUAUCCGUGUUGUGACUGUCGGUGUUGUAACUGGUGUUCUUACUGUCGGUUUUGUGAGUAUUGGUGAGUGUGGAUGUUGUUAGUGUCGUUGUUGUAACUUUUUAUCAACUAGAUUUUACACCUUGCAAGCUGUUCUUUUUGAUUUUGUGUAAGAUUUGUGUGGAGGAUUUAAUGCGAUUUUACAUUUGACAUUUUGUGUAAGAUUUUAAGAACAUCUUUUUUUGUAUAUGCACUACUGACGUCAACAAAACAUCUAAAGCAACCUAUUUUUCAUUGGCCUUUUGCCUAAGUGAAUUUUUACACGGGCCUUAUCGACUAGUUAUUAAUAAUAAAGAAUUAAUUUUGUAAGUAGAAGAGAGAUGAGACCAAAAGAAACAAUACAAUACGUUGUUACGAAAUAAAACCAUUUUUAAUAAAAUUAAUUUGAUAUCUAUUUGUGUAUUCAAUUUAGGUUUGUUAAUUGCUAUAUUAAAAGCAAUGACAUUAAAACUUUUUAACAUUUUGAGGUUUAAGUCUUUUAACGUAUUAGUGAACUUCUUAUCGUAGUUUUGUACUUCAGGUAUUUUGAUGCAAAACAGUAUAUCUUUUUGACAAAUGUAAUUAAUUUGGCGCUUAAACAAGACUUCUAGCGUGAAUAUGCGAAAUUGUUCUUUUUUGUUCACAAAAAAUAUUGGAAUAUAAAGUUAGACGAAGAAGAUUAGCUAUCGAUAGCGUGUUUAUCAUGAACAUUUGAAAUAACUAAUUUUUUAAUGAUUGGUCCAGUAAAAAAUUUGAUUGCUUGUAAUUCUGUUAUUUAAUAGGGAUAUUUAUUUUUCCAUUCCAGACUGUAUUUCGCCUCAGUCUACGGAUUAAGUCACUAACAAAACAAGCUUUUCAAGAAAUCAACUGUUAUAUAAGCAUUCGAAGCAUACUUCGAUAAAGUGCAGAUAGUAAAUCCCAGUAUUAUCUUCUUUAGGAAGUUUCCUCUCAAAAUUAUGUAAGCACUAUCACCCAGUAGAAAGUAUUUCAUUUAUCUCUUUCCGUUUUCGCCUGUUGCUGUGGUUGUUGCUAAUGCAGCAAAGUGUACUAAUUUUAUGUACUCAAACCAAUAACAAAUAUGUUUUACAACAUCUCAUUUGCACACAUACACAUAAUGUUCAAUUUGGUACGUUACGCAAACUUUCUAUAUCUUUUGAUAUGUGUAGCAAUAGAAUAAGUUAAAAUAGGAAGAAAACUUUCCAAUAAAUGCACUGGACCACUUCAUUAAAGUUUUUAAUGUAUUAAUUAAAAGCAUCGUAUAGAGAAGGAUAGCUAUUUUUGUUACUGUUGGUGAAUAUUUUCUUCUCUUUUUUUGCACAGAGAAAGUAUUAUAAUAUUCAUUAUAAACGAAUGCACUUUAGAAUGUUUUUUAAUGCGGAAUUUUCAUAAAAAACUAGCUGCGAUGUAUGUAUAUGAAUAUGUAUAAUUGUUUCCUUGUUGAUUGUAUUGUUAAAGAAACUUUUCUAUUGUGAUUAAUGACUGUACACAUUUGUUGAAAGUGUAGAUUAAAAUCUUUCUAACAAUGAAA